UUAAUUACUGAUUUACGAUAUAUAGUAAUAUAACAGUUCGUUUCUUUUAAAGUGUUACGUAACGAUUAUUUAAAUGCGGUUUUUAUUAACAAUAAGCAAACAUUAAAAAAGAACUAACAAAAAUUAAAAAGAUUAAUAAGUUAUUUUGUUUACCAUUAGAAGCGAUGUAUGUCAUUCCAAAAAUACGGAAAUACAAAUACUUGUGUUACUUUUAAUGAGCAAUUUUUUAGUUGAACGCAUGUGAUAUUAAAAAAGAAAAUUAAAAUUAAAAUCUUCCUCCUUGUUUAGUUUUACACUUAAUACUGACUAUAAGCAGUAAAUAUUUUUCGUAUUGUAUAUAACCAUGCAAACCGUUUCAAAAUUAAUUGUAAAAAUAGAGAACACUCUGUAGAUGGGUUUAUUAAAUCAGUUGUCUACUUUCCCUACAUGUUGAAUUAUUUUGGUAUUGUUUGUGUAUAAGUUAAUGAACGAAAGAAUGAAGAAAGUAAAGUAGAAGUAGUUAGCCGCAUAUUCUCGAAUUGAAUACAUUUUAUGAAUUGCUUUUGGUCAACCGAUGACCCACCAACAUCAGUGACCGACUUUCAGCCCCCCUACACUUGUAUGAAACCGAUGAAGUGAAGUGUAGCUUAGCAUUUCACAGACAACUGGAAUCAAGUUCAAUAGUGCUAGAAAUUGCGACCCUGGAUAUAACAUUCUUCUACUGUAUAGGUAAGGCUACAGUUUGCUUAUCAGUUUCUUGUGAUUUUGCUUUACGUACAAAAUCCUUGGGAGCAAAUGGGAAAACCAGACUCUUAGUCCAUUGCUCCUUGUGCCAGUCGAAAAACUUUUAUACACUAAUCCUGUUUGCCAGUGAAAUUGAACAGUCACCUUAGCUAUAAUUUUUUUUGUUUUUAGAACGAAAAAAACAAAAUGCGAUUGUCUCUUAUAUUUGAACUUUUGUUGAUAUUUGUUUUGCUUGCGUUUGCAGCCUCAAGGGUUAUAGAUACAAACCAAAGUCACAAAAAUCUCAGAGAGGUCCAUCGAGGAUUAAAAAAGAAGCAUAUAAAUCUAAAAAACCAACGUCAAACAUCUUCAUCUGUUAACAAAUACUGCAGUUGUUCUUCGAAACUGUGCAAUUGUUGCAGGGAGUUUAACAUUCCCGUCGUUGCCUUGCAAGGUCCAGGAUGCGCUUCAUUACAAUACCUGAGUGGAGAUAGAUUGGCUAUUUCAAUGAAUUUUGGAGAAAGGGUUUUGGCCAACACGACAAUUUCAGGUAAAAAGCCUAAACCAGUGUGCAUGCCUCUCCCUGGGGGUGUUUCCAAGUUCUGCGGUCGGGUAUACAACAUAGGUCGUCAGGGUGACGAUUUUAGAGCGUGUCUUGGUCUGGAGUUACGCGCAUUGGACAAUGUUGAAGCGUCAUUGAGAGUUUCCUGUUUCCGUUUUGGAUCCAAAGGGUUAAAAGUGGAACCUGCUCAACCCCUUCCUGUUGUUCCCCAAAAGGCUCAAAAUGAGGACAACGAUGAUGGCGAGGACGACUACGACUUUGACGACGACGAAGAUGAUGAUUAUGAUGACAAUGAUGUGGAUGGGGUUGAUUACGAAACAUUCGCCCUUAUAGAUGAUGAUUUCAUUGGUGGAUUCUUCGGACCGGAAUCUGAUAGCGUUCCAUCGAAACCUGUGAAAAAAGUAACCACCAAGCCUCCCCAGAAGAAAGUUUCUUACAAAAGACCAACGACUAAAGUUCCUGCAAAAACUACAAAGAAGCCACUGAGGAAAGCUACUACUGCCAAGCCUUCUUCCAUCCAGCAGAGCAUCCCUGCAAAAAAAGUAUCUGUACCACAACAAAUCAUCGCCAGUUCCACAUCACCAAGUGUCCAAGUUAUUACUAGUGAGACCAUUACCAUUCAGGAAGUAUCUAUGAACGAAGCGAAGCCGAUUGAAAUGAUGACAAAUAAUGAAGUAACUCAAAAUGAUAUAAACGAAAAUUCUGUUAAAGCUGAAGUUACAACAAUGGCUAGUAGCAUUGGUACUACGUCUGCCGAAGAAAUGGUAGCAACGACUUUGAAAUCGGAAAAUUCCAGCAGUGUCGAAAUUACCACAAUAACAAAUACCGAAGAGUCUUCAGAAGAAGACGAAGAUGACGAAGACCCAAUUACUUCGGCCGUCGACGAAGUAAUCGGGGAAGAAGAUGAAGACGAUGAAGAGGAUGAUGAAAAAAAUGACGAGAAAAAGGAUGAAAAAUUGACUACAGAAGCACCCAAUGAGCUACCCAAGGAAAAAAACGUUAAAGACGUUAAACAAGACGAUGAAGAAGACGAAGAAGAUGAUGAUGACAUAACUUCUGUUGUUAGUGGUGUUGUAGAUACUGUAACCGGUGAAGAUGACGAUGAUGACGACGACGAAGAUGAUGAGGAAGAUGCCAGGAAAUUUGGAAAGAAAAUGCCCACGUCGCAGUCGGUUAAGGUUAGAAGUAGACAAAGCAAAGAUAUGAGAUUAAACUGGUCUUAACUUAUAAAUUGAAAAAAAGAAAGCUCAA